GGGCAGCAAAGAUCAUUUGCGUAUGAGAGACGUGGAAAGACGAGGAAAAAGAAGAAAUCAGACAUUAGCGGCCGAAACAUUUUCAUUUUUGUUUCAAUUAACAGGCGAAAAUGUCAAAUUUGCACAAAAAUCCGUCUUAGCUUCUGACAAAGAACUACAACAAUCUACAGAGCAGUGGAGAUUUGGUUUUCUUGGUAAGGGCCUGACGCAAUCAUGGAAAGUGGAUAUGAAGACCUGCCAAAUGUUCUAGAUGAUGGCCUAAGUACAGAAUUAAUGAAUGCUGGUCGAUUUUGCUUCAAUUGUGAGCAGAUUUUUUCAAGUAGAAAAUGUCUUGAAGAGCAUCUUUGCUCGGUUCCAUCCUAUAUUUGUUCCUGUGGAACUGAGUUUACAUCCUAUAAUGACAUGCUGCUGCACAGUAGUUCCCAUGAACCAGGACACCAGGUGCUUUGUCAUGAAACCAUAAAGAUGCGAAGAAUUGAAAAACACUGGGAGGAAGAAGAGAAGUUGAAAAGGCUACAGUCUGGUGAGGUUAUCUGGGAGAGUCCUAAAGCUUUACCUGCAAAACCUACCCCUCAAAUACCCAUUUUACCCAAGACUCAAGUUCAACCUCAUGUGCUACCACAGUUUUCUCCAGAUUUGAUAAAAAAUGUCUCAACCUCAGACACAAGCAAAAUAUUCUCUGAUGUUGGUGCACCAACAGUGGAUCUAUGGACACUUUUUCAACCUGUAGUGCUAGUGAAAACAGUGCGCUCAUUUUCCAAUACGAAACCAUACACUUGUGGUAAAUGUGGACAAUCUUUUACAACAAGAAAGUCUCUAGUCAUACAUCAUAACACCCACAUAGCAGACAAAGUAUCUGGUUGCAUUGGCUGCGGACUGCUCCUCUCCAGCAGGAAGGUUGUUCCGCGCUUCCAUCCUUGUAAUGCUCCACAUGGUUAUAAAUUCAAAUUGACCACGGCAAGACCAAUUAACCAGAUCACUGCAAACAUUGCCAAUGGUAUAGCUAAAGCUGCUAGUUCAUCUCCACCACAAAGCACUCAGAGUAAUGGUUCUUACAGCAAAAUAAGAAUUGUUAUGGAUGUUGAUUACAGUCACAGCUCUGCCAAGCGGCCCAAGCCUAUUCAGACUAAAUCUGCUAUUUCAAAUGCCAAAGCACUCAGUGUAAACAAUUCACCUGCAACACAAGCUGGUCCUGGAGCCGUGAGUCUUACACCUGGGAAAGGCUAUGAGUGUCGAGUCUGUCAUGUCUUCUUUGAAAGUAUCAACGUCCUUCAGAGGCACAAGUGUGCUAAAGCUCACGAGUUCUUGAUGAAACAUAAACUCACUGCACCAGCUAACCGGCAAAGACAAGUUGUGCCAUUGCAAAUUCCUAGUUCAUCUUUGCAAAAGAGUGUCGCAAAGACUGUCCUGUCUGUCCCUGGUGGCAACAGACUUUCUAAUGUGAACAAUAAAGACACAUCGACAGCAGUUGCUGAUGACGACUGUUUCAUUGUUGAAAGUGGACCAGAGAAACCGGCAGAGGUGAUUUACCAAGUGACCUCCUCUGUCCCCAUCAAGACUUAAGCUGUAUUGGCAAGACAGUACUUUGGUCAUUGUUACUCUCACUGAAAGGAUCUUGUUCUUUUGUAUGUACAGCCAAGUACUUGUGUUGUAAUUUGUUGUAACACAAACAUUAAAACAUUGAAAAUAAAUUGUUAAUAUACAUUGAUGAGAAUACAAAGUUACAAUGGGUUCUUAAUAAAAAAAAAAAAAAAAAAGUUUUUGUUUAAAAUGUAGUCUGAACUCUUGAGUGUUAAGCAAAUAAUUUAAUAAAUACAGUGUUAAAUAACAUUGGAUUAGUCUACCUGUAAAUCUUAAGGACCACAAAUGAGGCCGAAUUUUUAAUUUUAAUAAAAGUUUUAUAACAGAUGUAUGUCAAAAAUAACACUAAGCGUUCUGCGCAUGUACCACAGUAAACGUAAUUUCCGCCUGGCGCCUUGAGUCGCCUCUCCUCCAUUCGUUUCCAAUCACCGUCCCGUGCACAAGCGUGGUGCUAAAGCAUGGGGCAGCGGUCCGUACAUAUGCCGCAUGUUUUCAGUCCCACACAGCUUUAUGUAUUGAGACUAACUUCAAAUGAUCACUUCUGACGUGACGAAGUUAAUUUCCAUCUGACUUCGGGAACGUUUCCACUCUCACAAACUGGACCACAAUGCUUGGGCUACAAGGAAAGGCAUUAUCCUCUAAAGAGUAUCGGUGUGUGGCCUGUUCUGCUGCCUUCACUGGGCUGGCGUCUCUGCUGGUUCAUCAAGCAACUCACGCUGGAACAUUGCCUAAGCCUUCAUCAAUUUCCUCUGACUCCAACCUUCUUCAAACAUCUCUGACUCACUCAAGUGAAGACUGGGGGUCCUCUGUGCCUAAAGUAAUCCCAUCCACACCAAUGUAUACAUGCGAAAAUGGAGAAGAGUUUAAGCAGACCCAUGUCUCUGAAGUGCAGUUUCCUCAAUUAUUGGUUAAUAAUGAGUCAAUCUCCAACAAAGAUUUAUCCAGCACAGGGUGUAACCUGACUGCAGCCCAGACAAACAAGGCUAUUGGAGAAGAUUCUGCUCUUGGGCCUUCUGUGGAUGAGAACAUUGUAGAAAAUGAAAACCAAGAAAAACCUGCUGCUGUUACUAGCACUGAGGACCAUAGCCCUGUGUUGGCAGAAGCUGAGCAACCACUAGAAAAGGAGCUAGCAGCACAAGAGAUGCCAGAGGAGACUGAGGGAAAUGUAAUGGAUGAACCUGAGCCCAAGCAUAAAUCCCUGAUGAAGAUCCUGGCAUCUGCGUAUGGAAAGCACUUGAUGCCUCCUCAGCCUGAAGAUGUUGACAAAGUCGUGGCGUCUCUUAAAGAAGAACCUGAACUAGUUGUUAUUGCACCUCAAACAACAAAAGUACCAUCAACUGUCAGUGAUAUGUCCCCCAUGCAAUUAAAGCGUUUUCUUGGGAAACCAAGCACAAAGACAAAAUCUCCAUCUAUUAGCAGACUUCUUGAGUCCAGUACAAAGAAGAUAGUUUCUCUUACAAAAAUCUUUUCACCUGUAGUGCUUCUAGAAACUCGCCAUAAGUUUAUGGAUCCAAGCAGCAAUAAUAUGUAUGGGAAAUAUCAAUGUGCUCGCUGCCGAAGGGUUUUUCAGGAUGUCGAUAGUUUGACAGAACACCACUUCUUGCAUAAAAAGGAAAGAAUUAAGUGCUGCCGUUGUUGCAAACAACUCAUUAUUGGAAGAGUACCUCUCCCUGACAAUCACGUCUGUCCUCAGUCAAGAGCAAAGCCUCCAUAUUCUAUCAAAAGUACUGCAACAAAUGGUCAAAGAACAAACCAUGACAGCAUGAAAAAAGUGUACUUUUGUCCAAUUUGUAAACAUAAUUUUACACGUAAAUACGGUCUUAAAAAGCAUAAAUGCAGUGGCCUUGUUUCGAGCUCACCUCCACCGACCCAGUCCUUGGGCAAUUCAGCAGAGACACUAAUCACUGUUCCUGAUGAAGGAAACAGUUCUCAAAGUAUUGGUAUAGGCACCAGGAACAUAAAAAUUGAGGACACUUCAGACCCAGAAUAUGAAAAGGAACUUUCAAAUCUGAGUUGGUCUUCUGCAUCAUCAAUACAGGACCAGCAUAAAAAUGCAUCUACAUUUGCGGCAUCUUUUCUACAAGAACAUGACAGUCAGUGGACCAUGCCUUUGGACGAUGGACAAAAAAUACACAAUUCAAGUGAGAAAAAAAGACGUGCACGUGUGACCUUUUUUAUAAAAAAUGGAGUCAGGCGUUACCCUUGUAACAAAUGUCAUCAAACAUUUGGCUUGACUAGUAAUUUAAGCCGACAUAGAAAAGUAUGUGGUAUUAACCUAAAAGGUUUGGGGAGUGGGCACAAUUCCAAUAGCACAUCAGUAAAUGUCAACAAUGUAAAAAUGUAUCCAUGUUAUGUGUGUGGGAGAAACUUCAAUCGCAAAGAUAAUAUGAUGGUUCAUAGAAAGAAAUGUGAAUUGAGACGGACAAUGAUUCCAAAUUCUGCCAUUGAAAUUAACUCAAGCUUGCCUCCCUCUAAUGCUCCACAGGAUCUUCCACAGGAGGAUGAUGCAGGCAACUGGAGCAUCAUGUCUCUGCCCUCGGUUCUCCCCAGAAGAGUGACAUGUGAGUGUGGCAUUGGCUUCACAUCUCCCAAACUUCUCCUGGAGCAUUUACAGAAACAUGCUCAGGAGUCCUACACUUGCCCAACCUGUGGUGUCACUGUAAAUUCAUGGGCAGAUUAUGAGAUUCACUUGCAACUUCACAUGCACCCCCAGCAUCACAGACAUUUAAACCCUCUAUUAUUACAAUUGAAAACAAACGUGCCACUCCCACAGUCAACUGCAAUUGGCCUCCUUGAAAAGGCACCACAAAGUCAGAAAGAGUUGAAAAAUUCCAAUAGAAAACAAAUGUUUGCUUGUCCAAGAUGUGGUAGUACAUUUGCCCGACGGUGCUCUCUCCGAAGGCACUUGACCUGGAGUCAGUGUAUAGGAUUUUAAAUAAAUGCCUCUUUAAAGUUUAGCAGACUACCCUAUUCUAAUUUUAUCACUGCUGCUUACAAAUGCAAGCAGUCUUGUAGUUUAUGUUUAGAACGUAAACCAAAAUCCACUGUAAGACUCUUUAAUAUUUUAAUAACUCUUAACUUAGUAUUAAAGUUUAUAGUUUCUCCAAGUCUAAUACUCCAAAAAUAUUUGCAGGAGUACCACAUAAUUAUCUGUAAAAUUAACAAAACUCACUCAAAUUGAUUCUAAUGUCGUCGUGUUUUGUAUGUGUUGUGCCAGGUAUUUGUUACCAAGAAUUAAACCUAUCAUGAAUGUCAUCAUGUGCUUUUUUACAGGUGUCAAGAUAUUAAACACUGUAGUGGCUUUUAAAAUGUAGGAUGUGCAUGCAGAUGUAUGUAUUUCUGAAAUCUGUUAAUUGAAUAAAUAGAUUACAAAAUGAAA